AUGGGUAAUAACUGUAUAUCAAAAUAAGAUACUUUCGAAGAAGCAGAAUAAUAACAAAUUACGACUUUAGAGAAUGAAAUCCAAAGCAUAAACACUUCAAUUCAGGCUAAUAAUUCACAAUUAAAAUAAAAUAAAGAAUCUCUUGAAGAAGGCGUCUAAAUAUCUAAUAUACAAUUAAUAAUGAUUGAGCCAAGAAAUGCUGAAGAAGGUGCUUAAAUUGUGAGAAAUUUAUUAAAGUUUGGGAAUUAAAUAGUUAUAAUCCCUAAAACGAUAGAAGAAAGUCCUAAUGUGAGUACAAAAUCAUUGUCAAAGAAAGGUAUAUUAAAAAAUAAAGGAAGCUAUAUGACAAAAUUAUCCCUUCAACCUUGUAAGUAAUAGAAAAUUGAUAAAUAUCUAAGGUUUGAAAAAAAAUGA